GCACACUGUCCUGGACCAGCUCCUAUUGACAAAGGAGGACACCAGCUCCGGGGUUUGGUCGCACCUUACGCAAACAUUACUCCUGUGCCUGAGAAGUCAGAAUCACCUUCACCAGGCUAUAUGAGUGGUUCCCCUGGUCAAGAAAGAGAAGAUCAACCACUUAUUCCUCAUGCCUACCCAAAGUGAAGCAUAUCUAAUGUGUAUAUGUCAUCCCAGCCAAGUCUGAAAUUUUAUAAAAAAAUUUAUACCUCAUAGGUUCAAAGUCCUUGGAUAUUAGUUUCUGUUCAAUGAAUCAUGUGUCUUGUUUGUAUUUCUAACGAGACUGACAUGAGUGUGGUGCUGUGUGUGUACUAGACUGAGCUACCAUUGACUGUGUAAAUACCUGAAUGUGUGCUCCAUUGAUAAUUAAAAAUGUACCCAAUUAGGAUCGUCAUUAUGCUCAUAAUCCAAGAUAUUUGGUAUUCUCAAACUGAGCUUAAAAAGUAUGAUUUUUUAAAUAACAGUUUCUAUUAUCUCUACCUAAUCUUUAUCAUUAUGCAUAUUUUGAUAUCACAUAAUAUAUUUAGUAAUUUGCAGUGAAUUUAACAUUUCUAAAGGAACUGUAGAUUUCCUCUUCAAAAACAUUGUAAAUGAGCUGUAUGUUAGCUUGCACUUUUUUAAAAAUGAGAGAGGGAUUUCUUGAGAUAAUCUUUUUCUACAUUUAAAUGAUAUAUGCAAUAUUGGGGCAUUUUUCUUGUCUUGAGAGUUGCAUAUAUAAAUAUGUGAAAAUAUAUACUGAUUGGGUGGUUUUCUACAGAAGAGAAAAUGGAUUUAUUUGUUUGUGAAUAUGAGGUUUGGAAUGAGUACGAAAUGUGAGUGUGAUUCUCUUCCUAGUCAGUUAUCAAAGAUUUUCAAAAUCAAUACAAUUACUUGAAUGUUAGUACUUAAUGUCAGUGUUUGUCAAAAAUUACACGACAAGAAUAAACUUAUAACAUUGCAUCAAAGGCCAGAUGAAACUGUGUCAUGUAAACUUCAAGCAAUUCAGCUUGGAAAGAAACUGUCAUGAACACAUCAUAGAGCCCCAUAGAGUUCCUCAACCACCCACCAGGCUCAGAGUAUUAGCAAUCUUAGUUGCCAUUAACAGCCGUUAUUAACAUCAACCUGGAUUUGUUUGUUCAAUUCGAUACCUUUUCUGGAUGUAAGGAAACACAUCCAGACAUUUGUUUCAUCUGUGGCAUUACUAAUGAAAUAGAGGUAAAAUGUACAGUUUGAUAGUUUAAUAUUAUAGGUGAUUUUUUCAUCGUUUGCUUUGGUGAAAAAGUCGAAACUUGUACAGUGAGUUCAUUGCAAUUGAAAUGGAACCAAUAUUACUGUGGUAUAGUCAUCAUCAUUAUAAGAUAUGUAUAAUUUUUUAGUUGCACAUUGUAAAAAGUUCACUGUGAGAAUUAUUAAUUUCAUGUUACAAGUAUUUUGCCUUCAUUUCUGCAUUUUGGUUGUAUACUGUUUCAGAGGUGCAGGUUAUGGUGAUGGGUUAUUUUCCAAUGUUGAAAAAUACUGUUUCAUGACAUUUACCAGUCUAUUGUAUGAAAAUUUAUAUACAAUGUUCAGACAAAUAGUCUUUUGUGUCAGGAAUCUUAAAACUGUUUGCACAGAGCUGCUUUGAACUAAAAGUACUACUUGUGCAUUCAAACGUGUGUUUCAAAUUCCUUUCCCAAGAUUCAGAUGUCACCCAAACUCCAAAACAGAAAGCACUUGGAAAUCCCAUAAAAUAUAAUUGUUACUGUAUUAAAUGCUGGACUGAAAGAGAAUUUUUGAAACUAUGUAGGCAAAUUUGCCUUUGUGUGAAACACCUCUCGUGUGUUGCUUGUGCAGUUACAGUAUUGCCAUCAGGCAAGUUUCAUUAAAAACUAGUCAAAGGGACUUGAUCAGUACUGAAGAAUAAUGUUCAAGCAUCACAGAGAUGCAAAGGAAAUUGCUGAGUGCUGUGACGUGUCCAGAGCUGUAUGCCUAGUGUAAUUAAUGCCAACUGGAGAACAUUGUACAAAGGUUUAGAGAUACAGUAAAAAAUUAUUAAAUCAAGCUUUUAUUUUUUAUUAAUGUAUCCUUGUCCUUAUCUAAAUUGUGU